UCACAAGGUAGAAGUGUAGUUACUGACACAAUGAGUACAGGUGUGAUUUCAUAUGAUGAACUGAAGAAACUGAAGGGUCAGAUAUUUGAUGUUCGGUCACCAGAUGAGGUGGAAAAAGGCAAAAUUCAAAAUUCUGUAAAUAUUCCAGUAAAUUAUUUUGAAAAUGCAUUAAAACUGGAUCCUGAGACAUUUAAAUACACAUAUGGUGUGAACAAACCUAGCUUACAAGAUGAGGACUUUGUUGUCCAUUGUCAAAUGGGAAGAAGGGGAGCCCGGGCAGCUAAUAUUGCUGCAGCAAUAGGAUACAAACAUGUACAAAAUUAUGCCGGUGGCUUCAAGGAAUGGUCUGAGAAGGGAGGAAACUGAUGGAACAUGACUGUGUUAUUUACUACAAGUACCUCAGAAAAGUG